GUUGUAGAGAUGCAGAAAUGGAGUGCAUGGUGACCAGAAAAGAACAAUUACCCUCUCCUUCCCCCGAACUCUGCCACCAGCAUCCCCAAAAUCAACCAUUUCUGGUUCUUCCAAACCGGUUUGCUUGCCAAAAUGCCUCAUGAGGAAAGAGUCUCCUCCCAAGUGCGCCACCUGCUCCAGUCCCUUACGCUGGAGGAGAAAGUGGCCCUCCUGGCGGGCAAGAACAUGUGGGAAACCGUUAACAUCGACCGCCUACACAUCCCCAGCCUGAAGAUGACGGACGGACCAGCCGGUGCCCGGGGCUCCAAGUGGACCUACGGUUCCCUGACCACCUGGAUACCGUGUGGAAUUUCCCUGGCUGCUACCUUUGAUCCAGCGAUGGUAGAGCAAGUCGGAAGGGUGUUGGGGCAGGAGGCGCGCCGAAAGGGCUGCCAGGUACUGUUGGCACCCACCAUGAACCUAUCGCGCUCGCCCCUAGGUGGUCGGAAUUUCGAGAGUUAUGGCGAAGAUCCCUAUCUGGUGGGAGUGAUCGCUACGGCGAUGAUCCGAGGUAUUCAGGCACACGGAGUGGGCGCAUGUAUGAAGCACUUUAUCCUCAACGAUACUGAAACGCGGCGAUUCAACGUUGAUCAAACCAUUGAUGAACGCACUUUACGUGAGGUCUACAUGAAGCCGUUCACGAUGGUUCUCAACGACCCGGCUAGCACGCCUUGGACGGCCAUGGUUAGCUAUCCCAAGAUUAACGGCCUGCACGCCGACAUCAGCCCACACAUUCUACCCCGUCUACUGCGGCAAGAGCUGCAAUUUGACCGUCUGGUCAUGAGCGACUGGGGAGGGCUGAAUAGUACAGCUGACAGCCUGCGCGCCACAACUGACCUCGAGAUGCCGGGUCCAGCCGUCCGCCGCGGAGAACGCUUGCUGGCUGCCAUCCGAGCUGGGGAGGUCGAGGUGGCCGCACUUGUCGACCCGAGUGUCCGCCGCUUCUUGCAGCUCCUGGAGCGCACAGGCCUGCUGGGAAACGCUACUGAGUCCGCCGAACACUCCGAAGAAGCUACGGAUGACCCCAUCUUUCACCGAAUCGCGCGCGAUGCGGCUCAAAGUGGGCUCGUCCUGCUCAAGAAUGACAAGGGAAUCCUGCCUCUCAAGCCGACCACGCUGCAGCGAGUCGCCAUCAUUGGGCCCAACGCUUGUCAACCCACCGCGGGCGGUGCCGGCAGCGCCGCUGUCAACCCUUUCUACGUCUCGACUCCGGAAGCCUGUCUGCGCGAUGCCCUUCAUGCGGCCAACUCAGAGCUGCAGGUCUCCUACGAGCCGGGGAUCCCGAGCAACCUGCGUCCGCCUUUACUGGGAAAGCUCCUGACUGUCCCAGACGGGUCCCGGAAGGGCUGGCAGGUCAGCUUCUUUGAGGGUCAUGCGCUGGAGGGACCAGUGGUAGCGUCCAGUAUUGAUGGUGAUGUCCCGGCCGUUUUGGACGACCGGCCAUACUCCUACCGUGCCACCGGGGUGGUCACUCCGCAAGAGUCGGGUCGCUAUACCUGGAGCCUGGCGAACACCGGGAAAGCCAAGCUAUUCCUUAAUGACGAGUUGUUAAUCGACAACACGGAGUGGACCGGUCUGACGGGCGGAUUUCUGGGCUGCUCCAGCGCAGAUAAGACAGCCAGCGUGUAUCUGGAAGCGGGCCGCGCCUACCAGCUGCGGGUGGACAACGUGGUCACGCUGCCAGUGGUAGAGGCGUUCGACAACACGCUAUUCCCGCGGAUCUCCGGGCUCCGGGUUGGCCUGGCCUUGGAGCAAAAUGAGCCGGAAAUGCUGGCGCAGGCCGUGGCGGCCGCCCGGCAGGCCGAUGUGGCGGUGGUGGUGGUGGGCCACAACAAGGAUUCGGAGGGCGAAGGAGGCGACCGCGCAACGAUGCAGCUUCCCGGUCGCACGGAUGAGCUGGUCGCCGCUGUCUGUGCCGCGAAUCCCAACACCGUCGUGGUCGUGCAGUCGGCCAGCGCCGUGGCCAUGCCGUGGGUCGAUGCUGCCUCGGGGCUGGUGAUGGCCUGGUAUCAGGGGCAGGAAAACGGGCAUGCCCUGGCGGCCGCCCUGCUCGGCGACUGCGACUUCAGCGGUCGACUCCCGAUUACCUUCCCUCGACGGCUCGAAGACCAUGGCUCCAACGCCUGGUUCCCGGGAGAGGCUGCGCAGGACCGCAACACCUUUGGGGAAGGGGUGCGCGUCGGGUAUCGCCAUUUCGAUGCCCAAGGGAUCCCUGCCCUCUGGCCCUUUGGCUUUGGUCUUUCGUAUACGCAGUUUCAGCUGACCAACAUUCGUGUCUGCGGUCGCGUGGAGGGGCGUUCCCCGGAGUCUCAGCCUGUGUUGAUCCAGGCGCGCGUUUGCAAUGUCGGAGGCCGCGACGGGCAAGAGGUGGUCCAGGUAUAUGUAGCGCCGUCAGCCGGGAUCCGGGAGGCUGGGGAGAUGAGCUUCCCCAAGUCUCUGGCGGGCUUCUGUAAAAUUUCUGUACCGGCGGGAGAUUCGCGCGAAGUGUCGAUCCCCAUCUGGGGAUCCGAGUUGAGCUGGUACGAUGCUCAGGUGACGCAGUGGCGAUUGGAUGCGGGCAAGUAUGCCUGCUGGGUUGGUCGAAGUAGCAGCCACAUUGAUGCGGAAUUGGAGAUUGAGCAUCCCUCCCAUUGUAUCUUGUCAUCGUCCAUGGAUCUUACCGCCCCCGUGGCCUGUUUAGGCUGCCGAGAAAAACAUCUCAAAUGCGACGGCAAUCUGGCUGGCUGUGCUCGCUGCCAGUCCUUGGGGCUCACCUGCCGCUUCGUGCCCUCCCGUCGUGGUCGGCUGCAGCUGAUCUCUCUGUAUUAUCUCCACUUUCACCAAGCCCAUCCGUUCCUGGCCCCCAUGCAACUUCUGCUGGAGUCGGAGCCGCCCGCGUUCCUGCUAGACAUUAUAGAGUUUAUCAGCCUUCAUUACUUGUCCCCGCAGCUGUUUCAGGAUAGCAGCGAGUCUCUCGGUCUGGCCGUGCAGGCUGCGGAACUGACCAUCGAAAAGGUGCAGGCCUUGCUGCUCCUCACCAUUGUACAUCACGGGCGACAGCAGGCCCAUGAGGCCCGCUCAUGUCUGGGACAGGCCCUGCAGGGUGCACUGGACCUGGGCUUGCACCGUCGGGAGACCUCGGACGCCAUCCGUGUGGAUGCUCCCUUUCAGGCUGAGAGUCUGCGGCGCACCUGGUGGGAGAUCGUCGUGAUCGAUGUGCUGCUGGCGGCUGUCCAGGUCGAUGGGGUUUUGCAGUUCCACAUGGAAGAAACACCCACCACGCCUCUUCCCGGUGAUCCCAGUCAGUAUCAGGCGAGCGACGUCAUCUCCGACCCCAACCCUUUUCCGUCCACUUUGGCGGAUUUGGAACAAAACGGUCUGUUCUGCGGUGAUGUGGAAUUCUCCCCAGGCGCUUACCGCGUCGAGGCUGCUUUGCUGCUUCGCAAUUGCCUCCGAGCCGGUCAGACGCACGUCAGUGAGGAGGCACUAAACAUAUUGAACGCGGCCAACGUCGCCUGGUUCCAUCGACUGCCACCACGCCGACGGUGCAUGCUUCAACUCAACGGCGUGCAGGAUGAGCUGAUGACACAGGCGAUGAUGUUGAUGCACUGCGCCACCAUCUAUUUGCACUUCCCACGCUCCUGUCUGCUCGCAUUCCUGCCCGUCACAGGCCAGGUCAUGUGCUCAUCCCCGGCCUUGUUUGUCACCACGACCCUGGACCCGCAAGUGCACACCCACAGGGUUAUUGAGGGGUCUGUCAGACUAUCUCAGCUAGCUGCCUUGUCCACCUCUGUCGUUAAUCAUACUCCUUUCUUUGCCUGCACCCUGGUCCUCAGUUCCGUCAUCCAAGUUGCCGCCAUGUUCAGCGAGAGCCUGCAUUCCUCUGGGACGAGCCAGCGACAAUACCUGGCUCUCAACCUUGGUGUUCUCAAGUCCAUGGGACAAACCUGGCCCAUUGCUGCUGCUGCUACGCAACGAGUGCGUCAAGCCAUGAUCGAGGUCCACAACGCGAUCCCACGAGAUGUUAAUGCGUUGCUUGAGGAAGUUAGCCCUCCUGCCUGACAUACAGGCAUACAGUAGGUCAAUAGCUGUUGUUGCCAAGCAUGUAAAAAGCCGUUUGCUUCCAUAUCGAAGGCGGAUGACCCUGUUGUCGCUGUGCGUGCGUCUUACUGCACAUGAUCUGGUGCUC